CUUCACCAAGGCGCUCGGAAAGUCGCAGAAGUCAUUUUCUGAAAUUUGUAAAACAUAUGGCAUGGCACUAGCGCUUUGUAUUUCACAACAGAGCAUUUAUAGAUCAGUGAAAACUGGCACACGUACAGCCGUAGCGCUGUGUGUCGCUGUUGAGCUCGUCAUCUGCUUUAUUUCGACUUAAAGGAGACGCAACAAAGAACGCUAAUCAGCGAUCUGAGUGGGCCCUGCUAACAGCGUGGUUUACUAUAGCUUUAAGAACCUAAAAUAGGCUCUGGGUCUUUAAAAUGAAUUUUGCACAGUUAUUAUAGAGAUGAUUGACUAAGUUUUCAAUCCAUACGACUUACAUUUUUGCAAAGAAUUUGCAAGAGAAGCAAGAGCGUCCGUUGAAAUAUGUAUGACAAUAGGAACAGGGCCGUUAGCAAACCACCAUUUUUCAUAUUUUAUGUCUCCUGUUUGUUUCAAGCUGUGUUUCAAUUGGCUGAGAAUUAUUAAGAGAAAACAAGAGAGAAAACAACUUUAGCGGUGAUGGAACCGCAACUCUCGAACAACAAAGAUGAGGUGGAGAGUGAGAUGGCCGUGGAGAAAUCCGCGGAUCAGAGUGCGGCAUCCACCCCGCACAGAGCAUCGAGAGGACGAGAGGACGGCUGCUUGAACACCGAAGAGGCUUGCUCGCGCGAAACAAACGGAUCUGCGUCGAGCUUGACGGGCUCUGGGCGGGUUUUACGGGACAGGUCAAUGCGAUCGCUCCCCUUGUGGAGGCAGAGCGAUAUCGGAGAAGAUGAGGUGAUCUGCGAAACAGCUGCGAACCGCCGGAGGAAAGCGUCAUUCCCGCGGCGCAAGAAGAGUACAGCAGCCGGAGCGGGUUCAUUGGAUUCGGCCGGAGAGAACAGCGCUGACUGCGGCCCUUCGGCUGAGUUUGAAGAAAACAAGGAUGCGCUGGCUAAACGAGCGGCCCGCGGCAGACGGCCUCAGGUGCGCUCAGGGGGCCGCACCUGCCGGGGCUCGCCUAGGACUGCGUUUAAGAUUGAGCCAGAUACGGACAGUGACUAUGUGGAAGCGAACACAGCAGUUGAGAAGACAGGGACAAGUGUGGAGAAAAAGGAAGAUGAGAGCAUGGAUGACGAUGACCUAAUGGAAGAGGAUGACUCUCCAUUCGUGGAUGACCCAAGAGACCAAAACUACCUACCCCAUUCACAGAGCAGUGAGGAAGAGGAUGCCAUCAUCAGCAGUGAUGAAGAAAUCCCAUUUACAGAUGAUUUGAAUGACCAGAGCUACGAUCCAAAGUGUGUGAGGGAUCCUUCUAAACCGAGGCGCAGACCUCUUCGAGGACAGAAAGAGAAGGCAGCAGUGUCAGAGAGCGCAAAUGAGGAAGAGCCAGAGAUAAAAACUGAGGGAGCGGAGAGUACAGAUGAGAAGAUUGGUGCAGAAUUUAAUGAAGACACUGAGCUGCCCAGGAAAGGGCGGAGAAGGAAAGAUGACAAAAGUCCUCGUCUCCCAAAGAGAAGGAAAAAGCCACCAGUCCAGUAUGUGCGUUGUGAAAUGGAAGGAUGUGGUACAGUGCUGGCCCACCCACGAUACUUACAGCAUCACAUCAAAUACCAACACCUGAUGAAGAAGAAGUAUGUCUGCCCUCACCCCUCAUGUGGAAGACUCUUCCGGCUGCAGAAACAGCUGCUGCGUCAUGCCAAACACCAUACAGAUCAGAGAGACUACAUCUGUGAGUUCUGUGCUCGCGCCUUCAAGAGCUCUCACAAUCUGGCUGUGCAUCGAAUGAUACACACUGGAGAGAAGCCACUGCAGUGCGAGAUCUGUGGCUUCACUUGCCGUCAGAAGGCCUCCCUCAAUUGGCACAUGAAGAAACAUGAUGCAGAUGCUACGUACCAGUUCUCCUGCAACAUCUGUGGAAAGAAGUUUGAGAAGAAGGACAGCGUGGUGGCUCACAAAGCCAAGAGUCACCCUGAAGUCCUCAUUGCUGAGGCAUUGGCGGCCAAUGCUGGAGCCCUCAUCACCACUCCAGCUGGAGUCAGCACACUGCUAGGAGCCUCCACGGGCACACAGACAGAGCCGGUGGUCCUGGAGGUGCAGAGGAGCUCUGUGGUGCGAGGAGGUCAGGUGCGUCCAGUGAUGGUUGUGGAUCAGGAGCCCUCGUUGCACACCAUGCAGGUACCUGUGGGCCUGGCCUUGUCAUCCACAGAGGAGGAAAACAGCGUUCCAUCGCAGCAGACCUCAGCUCACAGUUUGCAGAUGCCACUUCAGUUUGUCACCCCGCCUGUCUCGCAGCAACAACACCAAAUGCAGCAGUUACCACUCCAACCCUCCACUACCAUCACCCAGCAGGCCCCUUUGGUCCAGCAGAUGCCCGUGCAGUCCUACAACCCCCAGAUGGUCCACAUGACCUUCCGAGCUCUUCCUCAGCAGCAGCUUCCUCUGCUUUCUGGCACUCAGCAGAUGCCCCUUCAGACAACCCAGCCACAGCAUAUCCAGGCAAUCGCCAGACCCCCUAAGCUCAACCCAGCUCCCAAUACUCCCCACCUUUCCCAAACCUUGCCUGAGGCUUCCUCUGUUUGCCGGAGCAGUUUGGAAUUUGGCUCUGAUCCUCCCUCUUCUUCAUCUACUUCUCACCAGUCUUCCACCACCUCUUCAGAGACAAGACAGGUCAUCUGGGUGGAACAUGGAACUAAUGAGAAUGAAAAUGGUGGUGGGGUUUGGGAGAUAGGUGGGGAAGGGGAGGAGCAGAUUAUGACAGACAGUUCAGAUGGGCAGAUGGAGCGUGUACUGAUAUAGUGAAUGAAGUUUAUGGUGUAACAUGAAGGAAAACGAGGUGACUGGUGUUUGUCACCGUCCUGAUAAUAAAUACCCUUAAGUUAAAUAUAUAAAGUCAUAAAUAUAUUGUAUGUAACCGCAUUAACUUUUGGUAGGUUUGUAGAAACGUCUGUAUCAGGGACACCGUGUUGGAGUUGUUGUCAUUGUUCAUUUUGUAUAAAAACAGUUCUAGUUCCCUCCAACAACCA